UAUAUAAUCUCAUCUCCUCCAGUGGAGUGGAAUAGGUCCUCAGUCUAUGCUGCAGUAGCAUACACAAAGAAGGACACAGAAAUGGCGGACUUCGCGAUCGGGCUGACGAGGAAGGCCGUGGAGGUAACGCUGGGCAGGGUGACAUCGGCCCUAGAGGAGGAGGCGGAGGUGAAGGAGCGGGUGGCGAAAGAUCUGGCCUUCAUCACGGGCGAGUUCCAGAUGAUGCAGUCCUUCCUCGGUGUUGUCAGCAAUGGCGACGACGACGACCAGGUGCUGCGGACCUGGGUGAGGCAGCUCCGCGACCUGGCCUUCGACGUCGAGGACUGGGUCGAGCUCGUCGUCCACCUCGACGACGACCCGUGGGCCUGGUGCCGGCGCGUGGUGGCGCCGCUGCCGCCCUGCCUUACCCAGCUGGUGCUCCGGCCGCGGCCCCUGGACGAGGCCGCCGACGAGAUCAAGCUGCUCAAGGCCCGGGUCCAGGAGGUCAGCCAGCGCCACACGCGCUACAAGCUCAUCACUACUACUUCUUCUUCUUCCGAUAAACCGGCCGCCGGCGCCAGCGUCGUGCCGGCGCCGCCCUUCACCAUCCUACGCGAGGCGUGGGAGACCGCCGCCGAAUGCGGCUUGCGGUUGGGCCUCCACGACUUGAUCACCGGCACCGAUGCUGAUCCCGGCGUGAUCUCGGCGUGGUCGUCGAGCGCUGCAGGAGGGCCAGGCGCCGCUCUUGUGCAAGGGAUUUUGAUCAGGGCGUACGGUGACCCCAAGGUCUGCCAGGGAUUCAAGAGACGCGCGUGGGUGAAGCUGCAGACGGAUCAUCCUAAUUUCGUCGACCGCCACGACUUUUGCAAGAAGAGCUUGCUUGCUCAAUUCUACCCCGACGACGACGGCGAUCAUGAUCAGAUCGACUUGCAGCGGCUCAACAAGGAAAAGUACCUCGUCAUCCUGGAACAAGUGUCCAGUGUGGCACAGUGGGAUGCCAUCAGAAAGUGCCUGCCGCCGGACACUAGCAACGGCAGCCGGAUCGUUGUGUCCACGGCGCAAUUAGGGGUUGCGCUUUACUGCACGGGGGAGCCGCACACAGUACUGUCCGACCUCUCAUGGUCCUCUGAUGGUCAACCUCUUUGCGCCGUCUUCAGGAACAAGAACAAGAAGAACGGAGAGAAAACGGCACGCUCUGCUGCAUUUCGUCAAGAAAAGGCACGUGACAAGAAAGAACAUAUUCUUGGGCGUGCCUCUGAACGGAAAAGCCUUGAACGCCGUUUACAGCGGAAGAAGGUGGCAUUUGUCUCCGUGUGGGGGAUUGCUGGCGUCGGGAAAUCAACUCUCGUCAGAAGCAUCUACCACAGCCAGGUACCAAAAAAAAGGUUUGCAAUGUUCAGCUGGGUGGACGUGCCUGCUAAAUUUCAUUUGACAGACUUGUCUUGGCACCUGCUUCUGGAUUUUCAUUCAAAUAAUUCUGAUAACAAAGAAGCUGCAGCAAUUGGUAUCAUGGAAGGCCAAGACCCAGUACAAGAGUGUUGCAAAAUUCUGCGUCAGUACAGAUGCCUCGUUGUUAUUGAUGGUCUACGGUCCACACAUGACUGGGACUUGAUUAAACACGCCUUCUCAUCUGUGAUGCACACUAACAAAAGCUGUAUUGUUGUCAUUUCAAAUGAAAAAAAUGUGGCAGAGCACGUGAUCAGGGAUAUAGCUGGUUCUCAGCCCCUCGUCAUCAAAUGUCUACCAGACGACGUGUCCCGUACAAUCUUCACAGAGGUACCUCCGAAAUGUAUCAAGGGUUUGGCUCCCGGUGAUGGCAUGGACAGGCUCACAGUCCGUGCCAUUGCUAUUAGUGGUGGGCUUCCCAAAGUAAUAGCUACUUUAGGCAGGGAAUUGGAGUCGGCUACAAGUGACCGGCAUGCGCACAAUAUUUUGGAUAACUACAGAAGAAAUGACAGUUUAAGGGGUGUAUUUUCUUGGAUGCAGUCGUACUUUGAUGCUUGCUCAGAUUCAGUCAAGCCAUGUAUUUUCUAUGUGUCAGUUUUUCCUAUGAAGCAAGACAUCCGGCGAAGGCGUUUGGUUACGCGGUGGAUCGCAGAGGGUUACUCGAGAGACAGAUUUGGUGGUACUGCAGAGGACUGGGACAUCUCCGGAGGCAGAUCAGACUGUGCUACCGCGGAUGAGAAUGGGGAAAAAUACUUCUCUGAUCUCAUCGCGUUAAGCAUAAUCCAGCAAUUUACAACAAGCAAUGUGUGCCAAAUUAAUGGUUUCUUCCAUGGAUACAUCACCUCACGUCCAAUGGAAGACAACCUUGUCUGUGCAUUAGAAGGCCAUUGCAAGCUGAACUCGCAACGCACAGGACAACACCUCACCAUAAGGAGCGACUGGGACAGAGACAUGAAGGUGUUUCAGAGCAUGGACUUCACCCGGCUACGGUCUUUGACAGUGUUUGGGAAGUGGGAAUCAUUCUUCAUUUCUGACCAGAUGGAGCGGCUCCGGGUGCUGGAUCUAGAAGACGCAGACGGCGUAGAAGACAGACAUCUCGAGAAGAUGGUGAAGCAACUGACGAGACUCAAGUUCCUCUCCCUACGAGGAUGCAAAAGGAUUAAUCGUCUGCCGGGUUCAUUGGGUGGCAUGAGGCAGCUGCAGACUCUAGAUGUCAGACACACCCCCAUAGCCAUUCUGCCACCGGAGAUCUGUAAGCUAGCCAUGCUACAAUACAUCCGUGCAGGCAACACUAAACCCUGGUAUGAAGGUGAUGGCAUAGUCCGAAUUCAACCAAGAGCAGGUGAGGACUGGAAAACAACGCCACUACAAGAAGGUGAUGGUAUCAGGGGUGUUGAGGUUCCUCCAGGGAUUGGCAACCUGGCAGCAUUACACACACUUGGUGUUGUCAAUGUGAGUCGACUCCUAGAGCUGGAGGGGCUCAAGAAGCUUACUCAACUGCACAGACUCAAGGUGUCCGGCAUAAAGAGGGGAAACAUCAAGCAAUUCUUUUGUGCCAUCUCAGGUCACCGCCACCUGGAGUCCUUGUCGGUGCGUCUUGAGGAGAAUAUGCAGCCUGGAAUCCUUGAAACUGUGGCGCCACCACCCAAGACCCUGAGGAACCUUAAGCUGUACGGGGAACAUGCACACAACCUCAAACUCUGGAUCAAGUUGUUUCAAAGUGUGAAAUUUUGGGAUAUCGAGAUGGUCGUAACAACGGGAGAGGACCUACGACCCCUUGAUGAAUUAUUGGUAAAUAAGAAAAAAGUCUUGCGCCGUCUUUGUGUCAAGCUGGUUCAAGAUAAUCUUCACUUGGAUCUGUGUUUGCCGGAUCGUUAGUCCUUUAAGUUCCAGAACCUCAAAAUUGACUGCAGCUCCAAGUGCAAGGUAACUUUUGGAGGAAGCAAACUUGUUGAGAUGCUCAAGAUUUGGUGCUCUAGUGGGUCGGAUUUGCAGGUUUUUGGGCUAGUGAAUCUAGCCUCUCUCAAGGAGGUCUGGCUUAUGGGUACAUGCGGCAACGCGCUCGAGCAAAGAUUGAAGAGGCAACUCUCCUAUUAUAAGGAGGGGAAAGAACCUAUCGUCAAGCUGUAUUGAUACACGGUGAUGAUAUUACUCUUGACUUUGUAUGUUUUUAUCUUGGCCAUGAUAUCAACUUGGAAAUCACACGCUGGAAUCUGAUGACAUCAGUUCGAUCUCUGCUGUAUCAGCCUGAUCGUUUCCAGUGCUACUGCUACAUUCAGUAAUAAGAGCAGUUCAAGUGUAUUA